GCUCGAAUCACAUUUGAGAGAGAGACCAUUUAAAUUCGUUAGACGUGUGUAAUAAUUGAGCAAAUUCGGGCAUUUCAUACACCAAUACUCUAAUGGAUCUCCGUAGGCCUAAAGUUACAGCUGCUAUGGAAAAACCGUCUGAAGGCCCAAUACGCUCACUAAGGUCAAGGCAGGUUUUUGGCGCUCUGACCACUAACGCAGUGUCAAGGGCAACCUUGAAGGACGUUAAGCCAGCACCUGUUAAGGCAGCCACGGAACCAACACAACUUCGCAAUGAACCUGUCUUCGAGCCUGAUGUAAAGAUCAUGCCUGCCCCAGCUUGCCCGGAACCAAUGGAGACUGAGAGCAGUGCACCUCAAGAUCUUUGCCAAGCCUUUUCAGAUGCUCUGAUUGUAGACAUCAAAGAUGUGGAUGCAGAGGACUAUAAUAACCCCAUGCUUUGCAGUGAAUAUAUCAAGGACAUUUACAAAUAUCUACAACAACUUGAGUCUGACCAGGCAGUCAGGCCAAGAUAUCUUGAGGGCCAGGAAGUAACAGAGAACAUGCGUGCAAUCCUUAUUGACUGGCUCAUCCGGGUCCAAGUCAACUUCAAACUGCUUCUGGAGACCAUGUAUUUGACUGUUGCAAUCAUCGACCGCUUCCUCCAGGACCACCCCGUGCCAAAAAAGCAACUCCAACUUGUGGGCAUAACUGCCAUGUUCAUUGCCUCUAAGUAUGAGGAGAUGUAUCCCCCUGAGAUCACGGACUUCGUGUUUGUUGCUGACUCCACUUACACUGCCGUACAAAUCAGAUGGAUGGAGAUGACAAUCCUGCGGGUCCUUGACUUCAGUGUUGGGCGCCCACAGCCCCUUCAGUUCCUGCGACGAGCAGCCAAGAUUGGAGAUGUUACUUUUAAGCACCACACCCUGGCUAAGUAUCUAACAGAGCUCUCCAUGCUGGACUAUGACAUGGUUCACUUUCCACCCUCUCAAGUGGCAAGUGCAGCCUUUGCCCUCACAUUGAAACUGUAUCGCUGUGGAGAAUGGACUCCCACGCUGCAACACUACAUGGGCUACACAGAGGAAAGCUUGAUUCCAGUUAUGAGGCACAUUGCCAAGAAUGUCGUCAAGGUGAACGAAGGCCUCACAAAAAACUUGGCUGUGAAGACUAGAUACUCUAGUCAGAAACAGUGGAGAACUGCGCUUAUUUCUCAGUUGAGGUCUUCUCUAAUAAAGAACCUCGCCAAAGAAAUCUCUUCGUGAGAUCUGGGACUUGGGUCCAAUGUGUUGACUGUACAAAGUGUAACUAUCAUGUUUGUAAACAUUUUUUAUUGGCUUUGAUUAUGCCAAUUGUUUUCAAUCACUUGUUCUUAAUAAAUGUUUUCAAUGUUUUUAAUAAACUUUUUAAUCAUC